CCCGCGUCCGCGCCCGCGAGCCGGCCGCCGGGGCGCAGCGAGCCUGGAAAAGUUGGCGAGGAGGCCUGGAGAACCCAGGAGUUUCCAUGCUGUGCUGCCACCUAAACUCUGGAUCCACCUUGCUGUGGUGGCCUGUGGCAAUCGAUUGGAGGAGACGCUGGUCAUGCUUAAAUCAGCCGUGCUUUUUAGCCACAGGAAGAUGCAAUUUCACAUUUUCACAGAAGAAUCUCUGAAGCCCGAGUUUGAUAAGCAGUUACGACAAUGGCCUGACUCAUACACAAAGAAGUUUGAGCACAGAAUCUACCCCAUCACGUUUUCUGUUGGAAACCCUCAGGAAUGGAAGAAGUUAUUUAAACCCUGUGCUGCCCAGAGACUCUUUCUUCCGAUGAUUUUAAAGGAUGUGGACUCGCUUCUCUAUGUGGACACCGACGUUCUCUUUCUGAGACCUGUGGAUGACAUCUGGAAGCUUCUGCGGCAGUUUAACUCCACCCAGCUUGCAGCCAUGGCUCCGGAGCAUGAAAUCCCCAAGAUUGGCUGGUAUAGCCGCUUUGCUCAGCACCCUUUCUAUGGCUCUUCAGGGAUUAAUUCAGGAGUCAUGCUAAUGAAUUUAACUCGUAUAAGAAGUGCCCAGUUCAAGAACAGUGUAAUUCCCACAGGCUUGGCUUGGGAGGACAUGUUGUACCUUCUCUACCAGAAGUACAAGAGUGCCAUCACGUGGGGGGACCAGGAUUUAUUAAAUAUUAUUUUUUAUUUCAAUCCAGAGUGUCUCUAUGUGUUCCCCUGCCAGUGGAACUACCGUCCUGAUCACUGCAUGUAUGGAAGCAACUGCAAAGAGGCUGAGCUUGAAGGUGUGUCUGUUCUGCAUGGGAACCGAGGUGUCUACCAUGAUGACAAGCAGCCAACUUUCAAAGCACUCUAUGAAGCUAUACGGGAUUUUCCCUUUCAAGACAAUCUCUUUCAAUCCAUGUAUUACCCUCUUCAACUGAAGUUUUUGGAAACUGUGCAUACUUUAUGUGGACGAAUCUCACAAGUUUUUCUGAAACAAAUAGAGAAAACAAUGAAAAGGGCUUAUGAGAAACAUGUCAUCAUCCAUGUCGGCCCCAACCAGAUGCACUGAAUGUUUUGUAUUGUUGCAAGUCAAUUAGGCACCUCAUGAAUGAGGAAAUAGUCAUCUGUAAGCUGCCUGGAUCUUUUUUGUAUAAAUAUUUAAUGGUGCUCCAUGACAAAUGAGUUUUAAAAGUCUUGUUAAAUGUUGCUGAAUUCGUUGCUCCUAAAAGGAAAGAUGCUUUAUUUUUUUUUUCUAAAAUGCUGUUUAUCUUUCUGUUUUUCUUUUUUUAAUAUUAUUACUCAUUUAACAUUGUCCAAGCAGGUUGAACUAGCUGUGAAAAGAAACUUUUGUCAACCUUCCAAUUCCUGUUAAGUGUCUGAGACAAUAUUAGUGGCAUCUAAGGUGGUAUAUUCAUCCUGUAUUCCUGAGACUCUUUCUAUACAAUUGACUCCCCCACACCUUUGUAAUAAAAGUAAUACAUGCUUAUUGUAAAACAAAUAAAACAAAUUUUAAGAAGUUA